GGAAAAUCGGGAGGCGAGGGACCGAGGACAAGGGGCGGCCCGCAAUUCUCCUCGGUGCCUCAACGCGCCUGAGAGGGAAAGAGAUUAACUUCAAGAAACCAGAAAAGGACUAACAGAGAAUGGUGGCGACAACAGACUGUGUGGAAAAGUCCAAACCCAUGUCGGGAAACAAGGUUUCUAAACCACUCAUGGAAAAGAAACGACGAGCUCGCAUAAACAAGUGUUUGGACCAGUUAAAAUCUCUUCUGGAGAGCUACUACAGCAGCAGUAUUCGAAAGCGUAAACUGGAAAAGGCAGACAUCUUGGAGCUCACUGUGAAACACCUGAGGAACCUCCAAAAGAUUCAGAGCUGCAGUACCGCUGCUUCUGAGUUUUCAGAAUACCAAUCAGGCUUCCGCAGUUGCCUGGCAAACUUCAACCAGUACUUGCUGAUGGCAGAUAACUUAAACGGAAGCGACCGUUGGAUGUUGUCGCAACUUUCCAGUAAACUCUGCUGCUCUCGGGGUCGAGGAGACACCUCCAGCACCAUGGACAGCGGCCCGGGCCGAGCUGAGACACAAGACCCGGCGCCGAGACCUCUUCCAUCUGCAGCUGGGCCUGACGAGGGAAAAGCGGCCAAAACUAAAGUGCUGAAACCCAACAGUGCAAGUGCGUGUCGUUUUAUACUGAGUGAAGAUGCACUGCAGUCAUCUGGAACAAAACAGGCUGUCCACACAGCGGAGUCCACGCAAAAUACUCAUGAAAAACGCUCCAGUCACAAGAAGUUUCACUCUACCAGUCACUGCAGGAAUGAAGUUGCCAACACUCAGCACAACGUCUGGCGGCCUUGGUAGAGCUGCUGAAAAGAUGUAGAUAUCCUAAUUCAUAGAUUGUUUAUAA